AUGACCGAAAGGCGCCAAGGUGGUGAGAGCAGUAGCAGCCAAGAUGGGGGAGGAAGCCUGCGCUCUGAAGAGAGGGCGCCAGGUACGAAAAGGAAGAAGCUCGCGGGCUAUCUGAAAGCUGCCAAUGACCUUAGACACUCGUAUCAGCAGAGCUAUACUUCAGGCUGGACCAGCAGAGAGGGCAGUGGUCAACAGGUAGACGAUGGAACUCCAGGAGCGUUCCCAGAGGCAGCCGUCGUCCGAAGCGGAGAUGAAGAAAUGAUUCUGUUUCCAAGCUAUGCCCGGAAACAUAUCAAGAGGAAACCGGAAGCGGUGCCGGGCACGAUACAAGAGACGGAAGGCCAAGGAAGGGAUUCCCGCGACACGGUUGGCGCUGGAGAUGCUGAGUUCUGGGCCAAGGAGUGGGAAAAGUACGAGGACGACAAUGCGGUUGUCGACGUGGACGUGCGCGGCUGGAUCUAUACUCCGCAUAGAGGCCAGAUGACGCGCAAGCACAGGCUGUUCAUAGGGAUUGCAAGGCAACUUGUUGGCUUGCCUUCACCAUCUACCCCGAGCCCGAGCAAGGGGAGCCCUACUAGCAGCGGCUCUAGCAGUCGGGCUUCUAGUCCGCACACGACACACCGCGAACGCGUAGAGGCGAGGUCCGCUCAGAGGGAAGAGGAGAUUGUGUCAAAAGAAGCAGAGUCUAUCCUUCGUCGAGGGGAAGCCGAAGCUGCAGCUGCUGGUAAAGGUAAAUACAGUGAGGCACCAGGUACAUCAAGCCGCGACAACUCUCCUCUUGGGCUUUCGCGAAAGAUAUCUCCAGGCGACCGUCGGGGGGACGCUGGUUCCGGCAACGCAUCCGACAGCGAUGAACCUCCUAUAACGGCCCUGCAAAAGAGAGCUUCAUGGAACCAGCCUGCAAACAUGAGCCCUGCGGAGCUCACUAUAGCAAACUCACAUCUCAUGGCCAGGCUGAAACCUUUCUUGUCUAACCCGUUAGCGAACACGCCGAUCAGCGCUUUCUUUUACAACGACAAGAUAUCACGCCAGCGUACUAUUACUACCGAUGCCUCUGGUCACUUCACGUUUCGGGCAGCUCUGGAGUUCGUACCAACUCACGUCAGGAUCCUGGCUUCUGAGAAGCUCUCAGCCACUGAAGAGAUCAUAAUCACUGAUCCGAAAGGUGUCAGCGUAAUCAGCGAUAUCGAUGAUACCAUCAAGCAUUCCGCGAUCACGAGCGGAGCCCGAGAGAUCUUCCGCAAUGCUUUCAUCAGAGAGCUGGGUGAUCUCACCAUUGAGGGCGUCAGGGAGUGGUAUUGUCGCCUUGCUGAGCUGGGAGUCAAGUUCCACUACGUCUCGAAUUCUCCAUGGCAGAUCUACCCUAUACUUACGAAGUUCUUCUCCUUAGCCGGUCUGCCGUCCGGGUCGUUUCAUCUGAAGCAGUACAGCGGCAUGUUCCAGGGCAUCUUCGAACCAGUUGCUGAGCGCAAAAAAGGCACAUUAGACAAGAUCUCGCGAGACUUUCCGGAGCGGAAUUUCAUCCUGAUCGGCGACAGCGGGGAGGCAGACCUCGAGGUUUACAUUGACUUUGUUCUGGAAAAUCCCGGCCGUGUUCUUGGUAUCUUCAUCAGGGAUGUCACCACCGCAGUACCCAGGGGCUUCUUUGAUUCCUCGAUGGGAUCGCUUAGCGGCGAGAAUUCGCCCAACUCCAACCGGAAGAAUGGGUUGAACGGCGCGAGCGCUUCGGCGAAAUCAAUGCAAGACCGUCAUGAGGAGGAUGACCCAGAUCUCAAAGCGGCGAUAGCGGCAUCGUUGAGAAGUAUGGAAGAGGAGAAUGAGGGGGGCAUCCCAGAGCAAAGACCGAACUUACCGGGUCGCAAACCGAGCUCACCCCCUGCGCCAGAAGCCCAAUCCAUAGAGAAGCUCAUCGACUUCAGCGAUGACGAGUCACCAUCGAGUCUCCCAAAUGCUCCUCAUCUCACCCGCGCUUCGAGCGAUCCCGCCCAAGACAUGCCCAAUAAACAUACCUCGGCGAACACCAUUCGAUCAAUGCCGCCAAUGCCGCCUCGGAAACCUGUGGCACUACGUAGCCCAUCAAGCGAACAGCUUACGACCAUCUCCACCGCCGUCUCCCAGAAGGGGCCUCGCCCGCCAAAACCACGACGUCCCUCAACCUCCGUGCAUACGCCGCAAGUCCAUGGCGCCAGUUCCUCCUCGCACCAACCUAAGCACCCAAAACCAGACACGCCCCCCAAGCCGGCCCUAAAUCGCAGCGCGCCGAGCUACGCGUCUCGCGCCGGCCAAAAAUUCUCAUCUGCAUACAGUCACCUCCCUUCCGUCUCAGGCCACUGGCACGGCCAAGAGCAUUCUCCCACCGAAGGUGCCCGAGCGAUCAGCACAGCCGCUAAAGGUGGACCUCAAGCCGACAAGACAGACAAGACCGACAAGACCGGCAAGAACGACAAGAACGAUAAGCCUGCCGAAUCUCCCGUAAAAAAGGCCCCACCGCCUCCUCCCCCACGCCGAGGCCUCUCAUCCUAUCCCGCAGCCGCAGCGCAAUACGCCUCUAACCGUGUCAGCGGCUACUGGAAUGGGACUUCCUCACAGCAGCAGCCCUACGGCAGCGCGAACCGGAACGGGAGCCAGACGAGUCUCGCUAGUGUCGCGAGCGUGGCAAGCAACAACACUGGGCCCGCGAUUAGUAAGAGGGAAACGAUGUGGCGGCAGCGGUGGGCGAGGGCGGAAGCUAUUCUGAGGGACAAGGGGGUCGUGCUGAGGAUUUGGAGGGUCGGGAGUGAUGCAAUCGAGGAGAGUGUUAGGUUGGUGGAGGAGGCGAAGAGGAAGUGGGAGAACGAGGGGCGAGGGGCGGAGGGGGCGGAGAAGAGGGAGCUGGAGGAGCAGCAGAGGAGGGGGAAGGGAGGCGGGAGGAUUAGGCAGAUCAAGGAGGGGGAGUGA